AUGAAGUCGAUAUCUAACCUCGCCAUCAUCGCUGCUGUUGCGUUAAUUGGCAAUGUCAUCGCUGCACCAGCUCCCGAACCAUCAACCAUCGCAUAUAAGACUUUAACAUAUCAAGGAUGCUUUUCGUCGGGUGACGGAUUGACCAAGAAUUCAUCAUAUACAUACAACAGUAAAGGAUAUUGUCAAACGCAAUGUGUACCUAUUGAUUUCGCGGUUCAAGCAACAUACAACUCCGAUGAAUGUUGGUGUGGUGAUGAUCUUCCUCCAGCAGACGAUCUAGUCGACGACUCAAAGUGCAAUAGUCCUUGUGCUGGUAUUAAUACGGAAAUGUGUGGUGGUACUAAACGUUAUUGGUCUGUUUAUCUUACUGGUACCGAAAGCUCAGCCCCAAAUUAUGAUGCUGCAGCUGCAUCUGCAUCUGCAUCAUCAUCCUCAGCAGCAAAUGCUGCAACUCAAACUUCAUCCAAUACACCAUCCGUUGUUACAGUAGGAGGUCAAACAGUUACCGUUCAAGCAUCUAAUGCUGCAGCUGCUUCGAGCUCAGCAGCCGCGUUAGCUAGUAACAAUGCAUCAUCAUCAUCGGGUCCAAAUAAGGCUGGCAUCGCCGCAGGCGUCGUUGUCGGUGUACUUGUUGCUGCAGCUAUCGCUGGAGGUAUCUUCGUCUUUAUGCGAAAUAAGAAGAGACGUGAGGUCGAGGAAGAAUAUAGAAGAAAUGCUGCAGUCAACAACUUCGUCACCGGUGGUAAAUCACCUGUUAGCAGUGGUGGAGCUUCUUUUACCGAUACUCGUCUUGAUCCUACUCUCGCCAAUAGAAGAAUGAGUGAUGGUAGUAUCGCUGAUAACCAAGAUUACUCGAGGAGAAUCCUCAAGGUAACCAACGCAUGA